AUAUUAUGGAUUAUACAGUUAACGCAUAUUUGGACACUAUUGAUCGCUUUUCAGCCCUGUUGCGCGCAGUGUGACCGCUUGCAGCAAGCACUUGGCUAUACAUGUGAAUUAACCGACAACAACGCUAAGUACACAUAGUUUGGUAUUUUGCUGAUGCUAAGAGGUGGUCUUACGUGUGCGACUUUCAUAUGAGUAUGUGCGACGAGGAAGCAUUUUUCCAAAAAUUAAAAAGCUAUUAAAUAGUGCAAAAUAAUUGAUAAAUUUAAGUGCAACGUAUAAAUAAAUAAAUACUAAUUACGCAUGCAUAUAAAUAUCAGCGAAUAAGGCAAAUUUAAGCAGCGAAUAAGAGUGACGCAAAAACCACAUACACACAUACAGGCAGCCUCAUUUUUUUUUUAGAAAGUACGUGAAGAAAAACAAGUUUGAUUGUGUGCGUACGUAUGUCGAGUGGAGAGUAGUGGAGACUUUGUUUCUGUUUAGCGACACAAUUUAUUGUGGAUGGCUUACAACAAAAACAAAAACAACACAACAACAAAAGCAGAUAAUGUUGAUUGCAACACAACAUCAACUAGAAGAAAUGCAUACAACAGAAACCAUCAAGUACAACAAUUGCAUUGGAAAUUGAAAUUUGUGCGACAAAAGCAGCAACAACAGCAGCAGCAGCAGCUAACAACGAUUUUCGACGACUGGCAGCCAUAUUCACAGCUACAACAACAGCAAAAUCAGAAAAAACGCGAUCCACGUUAUUGUAAAGAUACGUGACAAAAAUCGAGAAAAGGAAGACGAAGACUGAGCAUGAAAUUAGCGUGAAAAAAAAACCAAGAAAACAAAUUUUAAAAAAGCGAAUACUACUGUAAAAAAAAAAAACAAAAAUUAUUAACUUACUGUAUUGCAUACAACUAAACGUAAUUAAUAACACAAAAUAUACGAAAUAUUAUGGAAAUUGCCCCAAUAUUUAAUACCGCCGUCGUCGCAACAGCCGCCGCUGCCACCGCAACCACGUCGACGUCACAGCACAAGCAGCGACAGAGGCGCUCCGCUGCCGCAGCAGUCUUGGCAGCAACAACAACAACAACAGCAGGCAAAUCAUUUAAUGCCGAAAGCAGCGCCAAUCAAAAUGAUAACGUCAAUAACUUGGCGUUGAUCGCAUCGCUGACGCUGCAAAAGGUGCUUAAUAUUAACAAUAUUAACAACAACAACAACGGCAGCAAUGUCCCUGGCAGCGAUAGUGUGUUGUGUUAUCAGCAAAUGUCAGCAGUCACAAAAGCAACGGCAGCAAUUAAACAACAACAGCGACAACAACUACAACAACAACAAGAACAACAACGACGACACUCUGAUAACGAAGCCGAGAAUGAUGUAUUAAAUCAAUUGCUAAAAACGGGCGCGGUAUUUACAACAACAACAGCAGCAGCAGCAACAACUGUUGCUGUCGCCGCAGCCGCCGCCGCCUCCUCCACGACUAUCAGUGCGCCCAUUGCGAUUGAGAGGACGACACAGCAAAAGCAACAGCAGAAUGGGAAUAGUGCACAAAAGCAACGCCUCAAUUCAUCCAUAUCAUCGACUAACUCAAGCACAUCAACCAACUCCUCAACGGCCAAUAGCUAUGGCAGCUCCUGUUCCUCCACGGAGGAUCCCACGGCAACGGCAACAGGCAAAGCGGCGGCAAUAACAACAACAAUAAAGUCGUCCAGCAUUAGAUUGCCAGAGAAAUCGAAAAUUCCGUCCGAUAUACUCGACGAUCUGGCCAGUCGGUUCAUAAUAAAUGUGCCAGAUAUGGAGCUAAAUAAUUUAAUACGAAUUUGCUUUCAAAUUGAGCUGGCACAUUGGUUCUACUUGGACUUUUUCUGUGCGCCCGAGGAUUCAGACCAACAGCAGCAGCAACAGAAACGAAAGCUGCCCGUGGUGGGCAUCAAACAGUUCGCCAUGCAAAUCUUUCAGCACAUUCCCUUUCUGAACAAGCAUUUUGGCACUGUGGAUCAGAUAUUGGCGGAAUGGAAAAAUUAUAAACUAUCCGUGCCGACAUAUGGCGCUAUACUUGUAUCGGAGGAUCUCAAUCACUGUCUGCUGGUGCAAUCAUAUUUUGCUCGAAACUCUUGGGGCUUUCCCAAGGGAAAAAUUAAUGAGAACGAGGAUCCCGCACACUGUGCCACCAGGGAGGUCUAUGAGGAGACGGGCUUUGACAUAACGGACAUCAUAGAUGCAGAUGAUUAUAUUGAGGCUUAUAUUAAUUAUCAAUAUACACGAUUGUAUAUAGUGCGCAAUAUACCGUUGGAUACGCAAUUUGCACCACGUACGCGUAAUGAGAUUAAGUGUUGUGACUGGUUCCGCAUUGAUGCAUUGCCGGUCAAUAAAAACGAUGCCAUAUCGAAAGCCAAACUGGGCAAAAACUCAAAUUCCUUCUUUAUGAUCAUACCGUUUGUGAAGCGCCUCAAGAAGUGGGUGAACGAUCGACGCGCCGGCAUAGAACCAACAACGCGUCGGCGCAAAUGCUCCGGACAGCAGAGCCCCAAGGCCAUUCAAAAUGGCGGAACAUCCGCAUCGCCCACAAUGGUGACGAACAACAGCAACAACAACAACAGUAGCUGCAAGAUGGAUCAGCAACGUGACUCCUCGCGGCGUCAGCGGCACAAAUCGAUGGGCGAUUUGGAUGGUGUUAAACUAAAUAAUCUCAAUGGCAAGGCGGGAGGAGGAGGCGGUCUUACUGCCAGCAACAUAUGCAAUAGCAAUAUCAAGCGUAAUAGCAAUAACAAUAGCAAUAGCAGCAGCAACAACAACAACAACAACAACAACAACGGCAACAACAACAACAGCAUCAACAACAGCAACAACAACAAUAAUAACAAGCAACUAAAUUUGGCUGCGGGCAGCAAUACACCAACAACAGCAACAACAACGCCAGUGACAACAGCAGCUGCAGCAGCAGCAACAACACCAGCAACCGUUGCAACGGCAACAAGCAAACGCCAAUUGUUUCAUAGCCAAAGCCAAAAUGAUGCCCAACAGUCGGUAAGCAAUGAGAAGGUAAGCAAUGCUAAGAUUGCAGCGAAUGCGCUCAAAGCUAAACCGAAGCAAUUGCAGAUUGUCAGCUCCUUUGAUUUGAUACGCAAGGAAAAGCAGCAGCAACUGAAGGCGGCCAAGGCUCAAAAGCAACAGCAGCAACAGCAACAACAGCAGCAGCAGCAACGUUCUCAUACUAAAUCGCAAAGUGAUAAGCAAAGCAAUCAGCAGCAGCCGCUGGUAGUAAAAAGCAUUUUGAACAGAAACAGCACACAACAACAACAACAACAGCAGCAACAACACCAACAAACAACGCAUGCCACAACAGGCAUGGAUUUGAUUGCCAUGCUGACAGCAGCAGCCGCAGCGCAAAAGACACCAAAACCGGAGCAACAGCAACAGCCACAACGUCCACGUCCAGCUUCGGUGUCGCUCAAUUCGCCAAUAACAACAGUUGCUGACGCAGCCAACAACAGCAGCACAAUGCCAGAUGCUCAAACAUUGCACAAGCUGCAGCGCAUGGCAUCCGGCACCAAUUUGCGAAUAUUAAAGCGUGCGCAAUCGCAGCAGCCGCAGCUGCAACUACAACUGCAGCAGCAGCAGCAGCAGCAGCAACAACAACAGCAACAACAACAGCAGCAGCAGCAGCUCCAACUGCAGCAACAACAAGGGCCUCUAAACUUUACGCCCAGUUUCAAUUCGUGGACGAAUUUCUCAUUCACCAAAAAUUUUAUAGCAAAUGUUUUUUGCUAAGUCAAUUUCUAUGACUUUUCCUUCUUAAAUUCUCAAACAUUUUGCAUUUUCCAAGUUACAAGGCCAGUUUGUAGGCAGCAUUCACAAAAAAACAAUAAUCGUUACAUAUAUAAAGUUUUAGGUGUUUCCCAUGGAUCUCUCAGAAAGAGUCUUCUAGACUUUUGGAAAGAUGCAUUUUUCAGCAACAGCAACAUUUUUCAACAUUCAUAUGUAUAUAGCAAGCAAGGACUGUAUAAAAUUUUGUAAUUAACAUACACAUACACAUACACAUACACAUUUUCAUACCAAAAAUCGAAAAACCAAGGAAAAAGUAAAACGUGAGUCUUCCGCUCCAGCACACGUCAUUUUAUAAAAAUUGUCAGGCAAAAUUUUUAUAUACACAAAAAGCAAGAAGCAAAGCAUGGUAAAGAAAAGCGAGUUAUGAAAAGUUGUGCAAUUAGAACGCAGCCAACACUUUUUAAGUACAAUACGGUACAAUUAUAUGAAUAAUUAUGUUAAUAUAUUGGUUUUUAUUUUUUAUAAGCGAUAAAGUGAGCGAAGAGAACAUCCUUCUAAUUAGAGUUCCAGCCAAGUCGUGUGCGUGUAUUUUUUUAGAGUAAAGUGAAAAGAAUUAGGAGAGAAUGAUAAACAGAUGAAGAGGAGAGAGUAGAAAGAAAACAAAAAAGGAUAGGUAAGAGAAGAAAGCGUAGCUUUAAAUGCCCAACGUUCUGUUUUAGGCUUUGUUUUCUAUACUUUUCUUAAGUAUAUAUUCGUUCUUUGCGCCUAAGCGCAAUGAACCCUUUUAUACAAUAACAACAACAACAACAACAACAAAAAACGUGGCAAAGAGGCAAACAACUAAAAUGCAACAAUUUGCAUGACUUUUUGGGUCGUUUUAACUACCCCGCCCCAAACACCACCACCUAUAAGAUACAAUGCGUUGAGCAUAAAUACUUAUAAUAACGAGUGUAAAUAUUUAAUUGUGAUAUAGUAUUUCUUAGCACAAUUGUGAUCUUAACAAAACGGCUAGCUACUACGACUACUACAACUAAUAUUACAUAAAUACAAGUACAUACGCAUACACCUACGUACAAAAACGUACCGAACAAGUUUUUUAUAAGAAAUUUUAAUAUAAUUCAAAUGAUGCUACAAUCGAAAAACUUUCCAUUGCCCCGACACACACACAUACACAAAGAACAUACAUACAUAUAUAUACACACACACAAACACACACACACUCAUACACCUAAAACUAUAAUUAGAGAGGCAGCCAGCAGGGGAUAGAAACCCUACAAUUAACUGGGGGCAAUAUCAGGUAGGCAUAUCCAAAAGCAAAAUAUAUAAGAUACAACAAAUUUUGAGAACUUGUGACAACUCUGAUAAAUUUAACGAAUUUAACAAAUUAGUUUAAAAUAUUUGAAGCUGAAAAUUAUCUUUAAAAUUGUUUAAGCAAUGCUGCCCAUAAACUGGCCUUAAAACUGAUCUUUCAAAACUUCUACGAUUUCAUCUAAUUUUAUGAUUGACUUUUAAAGCUUUUUGAAAAGCCAUAUUAAUUUUGUAUUUUGUAAAACCAAUCUUUAGUUUCUUUUUAUCUUUCCAAAUUUAAUUUUUUUAUUUUUUUGAUUUCUUUUUCUAUAAUUUCAACAAAUGAACUGCAACUAAAAAAAAGCUGUUCGAAGCGCUUAGCAAAUAUACAAUGAAAUUGGCAAUAACUACCAUAUUUUGUUUUUCACAUCAAAUGUUCUUUUGUUAACAUUCUUACAAUUUCAUUGUGCAUUUGUUUUGCGCCAACAAAGAAACGAAACAAAAACAAGAAAAAAUCUUUUCCAAAUCAACAACCACAACAAAUUGCAAUGAAUAUCAACUAAUAAACAAUAGCAACAGUAA